CCUCCUGUCUUUCUCUUAGCAGCCUCUGCAGGUGAAGGAUCUCCCUCUGGUAAGAAGCUGUCCUCCCCUCCACUGCCUCCUCCAACGCUGCCAGCCUGGUUGACGCCUGCGUCCGGUACACCUGCACAUACACACACACAGAGGAAUGAGAUGUGGAGUGUUGCUAUGAGGGAGGUGGAUUUACAUGAAGGACAGCGCAGCAGAGACAACUGGAGUGGAGGAGGGGGAGUCACACACACUGGGACGAGAACAUGACUUGAAGAUGAGCUGUCCUCAGGCUGAGUUAGAGGAGAAGGACUGUCCUCCACCAGAGGAAUUAGAGUGUAAAAUCUGUUACCAACGCUACAAUGCUCACAGUCGCAAGCCUAAGAUCCUGGACUGCCUGCACCGGGUCUGCAUCCGCUGUCUCAUUAAGAUCCUGGACAUUGCUGAUGGGGCAGGCUUCAUCUCUUGUCCCUUUUGCAGACACCAAACUGAAAUCACAGAGUACGAGGUGUCAGCCCUGCCUGACGAUGCUAAUAUCAUGUCCCACUUGGCAAUGCGGGACAAAUCCUGGAGCUCUGACCACAACGGGGAAGUGGUCCUGACUCCAAAGAGUUUCUCCUCCUCCAGCCCAUCUCAAGACUCCUCCAACUGUCUGGUCAUCACUAUAAUGGAAGUACAGAGGGACUCACAGCACACCCCCAGCCGAAAUGCCAGCUCUGACGUCUAUGCUGAGCAGAGCCUGGACUCCAUAUCAAUGGGCUCCAAUGGGCCAGCUGAUCAGGAUGCCAUGUCCAAAUUCUGUAAUCAUGUUCCACGCAUUCUGGUUUGGCUAUUGGGUUUCCUAUACUUUGGCUCAUUGCCAUUAGGAAUCUACUUGUUGGUGAUUCAAAGAGUGACACUGGGCAUUGUAUGUGUUAGCUUGGUGCCAUCAAGCCUAACUGUUUGCCUGGUCUAUGGGUUCUGCCAGUGUCUGUGCCAGGGCAUGUGUGACUGCUCCUCCAGGGGCUGAUAGGAUGCCUCCUGAGAACAAUGGCUCAAGGAUGAGAUAAGGUCAGCUGCAGUAAACAGCGAUUUGCUAUAUUCUGUGGAUAGAAAGGGGGCCCCCAGGUGAAGACAAUGCCCUCUACACCACAGGCUUUACAAGCCUACCAGUCAGUUAUUUUCAUGGAAAAAUGGGCUAGUAAAAAAAAAUUACAAAGGCCGCCUUUAGUGUUGGUCAGUGUUUUUGUUAGGGCGACUGCUGCAACUCAGAAAUCAGUUUGGAAACCCUGAAGAGCCUGUUAGGUGGAGCAGCACCUAGCUACAUUUCUGUCACGUAUUUCUGUAAACUUUAUUUGUUCUGUGUUGUGUGUAUGACCUAGUCUAACAUAACAUAUAAGAGCAGAUCUUAAAUCUUUGACUUCUAUAAUGACAGCACUGAAAGAGUCCUGGCCCUUCAUUUAUCAACAUUGUUUAUCAGGAAAAAUCUUGCAUGCAAGUUAAAAGGUGAGACUACUUCUGCUACUACUCUCCUUAGGAUGGGAAUGGUACAGUUCUAAACCAUACAUACACACACACUAGAUUUUGUGGUGCAGGAGAAUUAUAAUUGAAGUACCAUACAACAAAUGGCAAUGAUAUUUAUAUGCCACAUGAUCAGUCUGUAGUUCAUAUUCACUCUGUGUAAUUACUUUGUGUUUUCAGGAUGUUAAAAAUUUAAUACUUGCUUUUAAGCAUAACUAGUACUACAUGUUUUUCUCUCGUUUAAAGCGACAAAACUGAACGCUAACCGUGAUGUCAGCCUUACCAUCAGUUCCUCCGAAUGUCAUUAAUAACUGUAUCUUUUAUGGAAGAAAAGUGCUAGUCAUCUAUGGGUUAAUACUGUAGGCAUAUUAUAACGUCUUUAUAACUUUGUUCAGACGCUGCUCUUCCAGAGCAAUGUGGCUGACACUUUAUGACAGUUUAUUACCAAAUUAAAUGCUAAUUAAUUAUUUAGCUGUAAUACUUUUACUGUGACAGCAAUGGCUUUGGGCAUAUAUUUAGGCUAGGUUGUGUUGGCAUAAACCUGAAUCAUAUUUCAGGUUUUUAGAUGCACUUCAAUGGAGCAUCAAAGGCUGCUCUGUUGUGUUUUGUUGUACUGGCUGUAAAAAUCUAUUUUGACUCAAUGUUGCAGUUCAUGUUUAUGGAAUCCUCUGUUACCAGUGCAUGUACUGCCACACUGAAGCCAUGCAAAUUUGUUGUUGGGUGGCAUGUAAAAGUAAUGUUCCCAUUCAUGCACCAUCCUGGCAUACGGACCUCUGAAAGAAAGGUCACUAUAAAAGAUUUUUAAAUGUAUUAUGAAAUGCUUUGCACAGUGCAUCACAUGAAUGUAGAAAAAAAGGGAAAAAAUGCUCUGUGACCAAAAGGUCCAUUUUAAUUUGUUGAAGAGACAUCUUGAAUUGCUGCAGUCAUUCCUAGCAAUAAGUGACAUUUCCAGCAGCACAAAUAAAGCUUAAGACAAUAAAUUAUUUUAUAAUUAUUUUAAAAUAUUUUUUUCUGUUGUCAUUAUGUAAGUGGAACUUAACAGUUUGCGGGAUUUAUCAGUGUUUUAUCAGACUUAAUGCACAUUUGACAAUUAACAAGUUUGUCAAGCAUUCUAGAUUUUACUGUUAGGGGUCAAUUUAAAACUUUUUCUGUAUAGUGUUGAUAACUGAGAGCCCUGGGCUGGUAACUGUUAGAUUAAUUUAAUGAUAAACUUCAGGUAAUGAUAUUUCCCUCAAAAUGAAAGAGUAGCAUUUUGGAAAAAAAAAAGUGUGCUUUUUCAUUUUGUGCUUAGCCCUUCAACCAUAAUGUAAGUCCUGUUUGUUCUCUGAUAUUGGAGUAUGUUUUCUUAUCCUUACUUUGUCAACAACUCUCACUUUUUCUCUGUCUGGCUCUGUAGCCAGUUUUCCUGUUUUCCUGUGUGUCUGUCAAUGACCUACUGCAGCUCUCAGCUUAGUGCCACAAUACUGAUUACAGAGGCUAAUAAACAAUUAAAUAAACUGAGAAUUAU